CUGGGGCCGUGGCCGGGGCCGGGCCGGGACUGGGCAGCUGUCGAGGCCGUCGCCGCCCCCACCCCCACCGCCCCGCCCCGCGAGCCCGGCGCCCGCGGAUCUCGGCCUCGCCAGCUGCACUGGGGCCUCAGAGUUCUGAUCGUUUGCAUUUGGAGGUUCGGGUGAGCCCCAUCCCCCUGAGCUCUAGAAGAGGAGGAGGAGGUAAAGAAGGAGGAGGAGGAAGAAAGGAAGCCUAGGCGGGAUGAGCCGUCCGAUCCCUCCAGAAGCCACGGGGGUGGGAGAAGCACAGAGCUCCGACCGGCGCCGCCUCCGCGGCUGAGAUCUCGAGGCGUUCCGCAGAGGAGCAGACCCCACCCCGCCGCCCAGGAGCCAUGGACCAGGGCCAGCCCCAGGAGCCGGACCCCAGCCUCCCGCAAGUUGAGGCAGCUGGGAACUCUGCAGCCCCAAGGAUUUCCCCUUCAGGUGACUUCUCCCCACAGACGCCUGCUCUGAUUCCAGACACCCCUCCAGACACCCCGCCGGCCACGAAGAGUCCACUAGGGAGUGCUCAGCCCCCCGCCUCCCCUACCCUGGAGCUGGAGACCUCUCUAGAGCAGACAGUGAUCCAGAAGGAUGACGCUCUCCUGACAGAAGACAAAAGUGGGAAUCUUGCCCCACCGCCCAAAGGGACACCCCAGGACUCCAAAUCCCCUUCUAGAAGCAGUCAGCCAUCCCCAAAUGCUGCCCCAGGCUGCACUAGCCCCAGUCCUAGACAAGAUGCCAAGAAAGCUGGAGAAAGACAUAAACUGGCAAAGGAACGGAGAGAGGAGCGGGCCAAGUAUCUUGCUGCCAAGAAAGCCAUGUGGCUAGAGAAGGAAGAAAAGGCCAAAGCCCUCCGAGAAAAGCAGCUCCAGGAGCGGCGCCGACGGCUCGAGGAGCAGAGGCUCAAAGCGGAGCAGAGAAGGGCGGCCCUGGAGGAGCGGCAGCGGCAGAAGCUGGAGAAGAACAAGGAACGUUAUGAAGCUGCUAUCCAGAGGUCAGUGAAGAAGACGUGGGCAGAGAUCCGGCAGCAGCGCUGGUCCUGGGCAGGAGCCCUGCAGCAGAAUUCCCCUGGACAUAAGACCAAGAGAUGUCAUCUUCAGUUUUUAUUCAGUGGAAGCAGGUGCUCCAUGUCGGCAGUAAACCUGCCUAAACACGUGGACUCUAUAAUCAACAAGCGUCUCUCAAAAUCCUCUGCCACGCUCUGGAACUCCCCCAGUAGAAAUCGGAGCCUGCAGCUGAGUCCUUGGGAGAGCAGCAUCGUGGACCGGCUGAUGACGCCCACGCUGUCCUUCCUGGCCCGCAGCAGAAGUGCCGUCACCCUGCCGGGGAAUGGCAAGGACCAGGUGGUUCCCAUGUGCCCUCGCUCCGCCUCGGCCAGCCCCCUGACUCCCUGCAGCACCCCCCGGAGCCUCCACCGAUGCGCAGGCGCCGAGCGCAGGAAGGCGGCGGGCAGCAGCCCCGCCACCCCCCGACGGCGGCUCGAAGCCUCCCCCGCGCAGAAGAAAAAGGAUAAGAAGGACAAAGACCGGGAGAACGAGAAGGAGAAGAGCGCCCUGGCGAGGGAGCGCAGCCUCAAGAAGCGCCAGUCUCUGCCCGCGCCCCCUCGGACCCGCCUCCUGCCCGCCGCAGAACUCAGCCCCAAGUCUAAGACCCGGCCCUCUUCUCCCUCCACGCCUCGGCACCGGCCAGCCUCCCCCUGCCCCAGUCCCGGCCCGAGCCCCGGCCUGCCUCCCAAGCCUCCCUCCCCCCGGGGCCCCACAGCCACGUCCAAGAGACGGGCCCGGAGAAAGGAGGAGGCUCAGGAGAGCCCCGGCCCCUCUGCGCGGGAAGAGAAGAACAAGGAAAAGGCCAGGGAGGAGGAGAAGGCGCCAGCCGCUGCAGCCUCGCCCUCGCCGGCCGCGCCCCCGUCGGCCAAGGAGCUGCCCAGGGCAGAGCCGGCUAAGGCUCCCGGGGAGCCGCCCUCAGGUACUACCAUCCCAGCUUUGCCCCCAGCCCCCACGCCCCCUCCCACCUCUGGCAAACCCACGGCCGGCACCACGGACCCAGAAGAGGCCACGCGGCUGCUGGCGGAGAAACGGCGCCAGGCCCGAGAGCAGCGAGAGCGGGAGGAGCAGGAGCGGCGGGAGCAGGAGGAGCGGGACAAGAGACUGAGAGAGGAGCAGCUGGCCCGGGAGGCCGAGGCCAGAGCCGAGCGGGAGGCGGCAGCCCGGCGGCGGGAGGAGGAGAGGCAACAGCGGGAAGAGCAGGAGGCCCGCGAGAAGGCCCAGGCCGAGCUCGAGGAGCAGGAGAGGCUGCAGAAGCAGAAGGAGGAGGCUGAAGCCAGGUCCCGGGAAGAGGCCGAGAGGCAGCGGCUGGAACGAGAGAAGCACUUUCAGCGAGAGGAGCAGGAGCGGCUGGAGAGGAAGAAGCGGCUGGAGGAGAUCAUGAAGAGGACUCGGAAAUCGGAGGCUGCCGAGUCUAAGAAGGUGGAUAGGAAGAUUCUCAAUGGGAAGGAGGCCAAAGCCGACCACUCCAGCCCAGAGCCUGAGAAAUUGUCUGAGCCUGAGAAGGUGUCUGAGUCCCUGGCCAAAGGCCUGGAAAAGGAGAUUCUGCCAAGAGAGGGACAGCCUCCUCAGGAGCCUCAGUGGAGCAUGCAGGGGAAAGAGGCAGGGCCACUGGUGAAUGGACUGCAACCAGCUGCUGUGCACCAGGAGAAUGGCUUCUCUCCCAAGGGGACCCCCGGAGAAAAGGGGAGCCCCCUCAGCAGAACUGGGGAGUCUCUGCUGCCUUUUGCUGAGGCUGAGGCCUUCCUCAAGAAAACUGUGGUGCAGCCUCCCCAGGUCACAGAAGUCCUCUAAGGGGCUGCCCCCAGUUCCAGAGCACUGCACUGUGCCUCUGUCCUCAAGCCAGGGCAUCCCAGUGCCCCCACCCCAGGAGUGCCACAGACCCCCCAGGGAUUUCCCCCUGGACAAGGAAGAAGAGAAGACGGGAACAAAAGACAAGACAACUGCUGGAGCUGGGGCUUGGGCGAGGAGCGAGGACCGAGGACGGGAGGGGCGAUGGGGUCUCCCGGUUCCCAGGGAGCAUCCUGUGUGUUGUUUUUAAUCCGCACCUUAUUAGACUGACGAUGUCCCUGGCCUCUGCUGCAGCCAGGCCCUGCCUCCCACACCCCUCCCUCUCUCACACAUCUUCACACCCCUGCCACUGACUGGGUCUCACUUGUAGUAUUUCACUUUUACUCUUGGAAGUGACCUUCUGGGUACAAUGUCUGUGAAUAAUGUAUAUAGCAUGCCUCCCCUCCCUCCUGGGCCCAGUCCUCUCCCCCUGGGGCUGGGCCAGCCCAGGGCUUCACUGGGAGGUUUUUCUCUAUUUAAGGGUAACCAAAGGGCCUCCCCUAGGCUCUUACAAUGAGGGAGUAGCCCCAGUAUGGGGAGAGGGGUGGAAUGGGGAUAUUGGGAACUCAGGGGAGCCUGUACCCACAUCCACCCCAACCUCGGUGUCAGUGUUACAGCAUAUGAACAAACUUAUCCGGAAAUAAAGCCAGAUUCCUGCCAA